AUGACGACCAUCACAUAUCCCGACAUCAUUCACAAAAAAGCAGUUCCAGAAAAAUUCAAUCCAAAUAGUUAUCGAAUAAUAUCAGAAGAAGUUCCUGAACGUGAAAAUAUUCCAUUUUGGUAUGGUCAUUCUCGUCCACCACCACUUUAUACAGAACCGAAUUUCAAUGAAUUACCUGCACAAGGAUUAGAAGCACGAAAUAAUCCACAUGCUGGACGUAAAGUUGAUAUGAUUUAUUCAAAUGCAACAAAUUUUAAUGCUCCAUUUGGUAUUAUCAAAACUGAUAAUGUUAAAAAUGAAGAAUCACGUUGGUGGGAUUGGUCACAACCAACAGGUGAAUCUUAUGGACCAGGAGCAAAAAUUCAAGAUAAAUGGAUGACAAUAAAAGAAAGUUCAUAUCGAAAUGCGUUUAGUAUUGCUGGAGAAACAGGACUUUAUGCAAAGAAAAAUACACGUUAUUCAGCUAAUCCAUUUCAUAUACGUACAGUAGGAAUUGUACCUAUUACUGAUUUAAAAUCUGAAAAUCUUGAAUCAGUUGAUCAAACAUUAGUUGAAAAAGUAUCGUUCGAACAACAAUAUAAUAGUCGAAACUUCACAAAUUAUCCUCUUCGUGGAAGACGACAUGGUGCAUUUGUUAUUGAAGAAGAAAAACCUAAAGUAUAUCCACCUAAACAAUUUGAAAUGACAUCAUCAGCAAAACUUGAACGAGCAGCAAGUAUGUGGGAUUUAUUUCAUCCAACAGAAGGUUUUCGAGGACAAAUAUCAAGUAAUCCAUAUAAAUAUCGUCGUCCAUUACCAGAAAUAAAACGUACACAAGAUUAUGGUCAAGUUUGGCAAGGUGCUCCAUAUGCUAAUGAUUAUCUAGUUGAUCAACGUUGUCAAUCACCAUCUGCUAUUAAACAAGUCAAUAUUGAUUGA